AUCCAAGAAUUCGGAUCAUCCCAACCCAGCUGCAAAGAAAGAAUCGCAGUCGGUUGGGCUCCACGUCAUAUUGUUCCCAAUUUCUCAUCACCUGUCUUAAUCACGUUUUUCACCGAACCCGCAAAACAGAAAUUCUUUUCCAAAAUCUCCUUCAUCACAAUACACACAAAUCGAAAUUCAUUAUCAACAAUAACCCAAAAAACCCCAAAAUCUCUCUGUUGAGUCGCCGCGAAAAUGGACAUACCGAGAAGUCGCUCAAUGAGAUCAACCUCGCUUCGUGAUACCGACUCCCGACUCACUGAGUCGGAAAGGAUCGAGGGUGCCGGUAGCUGGGACGCCAUUGAAUGGACCAAGAUUGAUCCGGUAUCAAGGUCUGUGCCACAAGGACUACAGCACUUCUUACUGGAAGCCGAGGAAGUCAUUGUGGAGGGAUAUGGCGUUGUACUUGUGAACACUGAUGAGGCAGGAACAUUGUUUGUUACGAACUUUCGUCUUCUUUUCCUGAGUGAUGGAUCUAGGCACAUCAUAGGACUUGGCACUAUUCCGUUGGCAACAAUCGAAAAGUUCAACAAAGUUUUGGGGGUGCAAAGAACUAUUUAUAGCUGGAAACUGAAAUUGGGGGCAGUUUAUUUUGGUAUGGAAGGAUGUGACUUGUGGGCAAAAUUUUCACAUAUUCUUUUCUUGGAAUGGGAGAAAAAAGAGAGAAUAAACUGCAGAUGUGAAUUAAACACAAUGCUGAUUACCUCUUUAUUUGUUUUCAUUGUUUCACGGAUUAAAAGAAGGAUGCCAAAUUAUCUAGGAAAAGGCAAUCUGGUUACUUCACUUCACUUUCGUCAUUAUACCGUUCAUGGCCUGGUUAUGAAGCUUCCUUCAGGUCCUAGGCAGAUUGAUAAGACUCCAUCACAGCGAUUGCUUCAGGUCAUUGGCAAAGAUAUGAGAAUUAUUGUCUUUGGCUUUCGGUCUCGAACAAAGCAGAGGCGUGCUGUAUACGAUGCAUUGUUGAGGUGCACGAGACCAGCUAGACUCUGGGAUCUCUAUGCUUUUGCAUGUGGACCUUCCAGAUUUGGUAACACAAACCCUAAGGAGCGGCUAUUGAAUGAAUACUUCCGACUUCUUGGACUAAAGUCACCUCAGGCUUCAGCCAGAACAAUUGAAGAUGGUUCAUCCGUAGUCUCUAAUGAAUGUUGGAGGAUAAGUAAUGUGAAUUCUAAUUAUACAAUGUGCCCAACCUAUCCUUUUGCAUUGCUUGUUCCAAAAUCCAUCAGUGAUAUAGAAAUACAGCAGGCUUGUACCUUCCGUGCACGAUGCCGUUUGCCUGUAAUUACAUGGUGUGAUCCAGGGACAAGAGCUGUUCUAGCACGGUCAUCUCAACCAUUGGUUGGCCUCAUGAUGAAUAUGAGAAGCAAUGCUGAUGAGAAGCUAGUUGCUGCACUCUUAACUCAACUUAUUGGAACGAAGGAGCAAAAGAGGAAGUUGUAUAUCGCUGAUGCAAGACCUAGGAAAAAUGCUUUAGCAAAUGGAGCGAUGGGAGGUGGUUCAGAGUCGUCUGCCAAUUAUUUUCAAUCUGAGAUAGUCUUCUUUGGAAUAGAUAACAUACAUGCCAUGAGAGAUAGCCUUUCUCGGCUUAGAGACUAUGUGGAUACUCAUGGGGCCACUUCAUCAGAUGGAAUGUCGUCAUUUUUGAGGCAUGGUGGAUGGACUUGGGGAGGUGGUAAUCUCAGUAGUAUGUCUGCUUCAGUGUCAACUCUUGGGGAUAGUGGUUGGUUGAUACAUGUUCAGAGUGUUCUGGCUGGUUCUUCUUGGAUUGCUGCUCGUGUUGCGUUGGAAUCAGCAACAGUGUUAGUACAUUGCAGUGAUGGAUGGGAUAGAACAACUCAGUUGGUCUCGCUUGCGAGCUUGUUGCUUGAUCCGUAUUACCGGACAAUCAUAGGUUUUCAGGUACGAAUAAACUUCAUCGAUAUAUUUUGCUUGACUAUCCGAGUAACUCGUCUUUUUGGCCCUAUAAAUCUCAGUGAGAAAGAAAGGCAGCAAGCUGGCAUUUCUGAUUCUUGUGGGUGCUUGUGGAUGUAUUUGGCUGAUUUACGGGCUUCAGAGGGAAGCUCUCAUGUGCACUACAAUCUGUUUUAUGAUCCAACUAAACAUGAAGGUCCACUGCUACCUCCAGCUGCAGCUUUGGCCCCAACUGUUUGGCCUCAGUUCCACCUUCGAUGGACUUGUCCGUCAGAAGCUCAAGCAGGAGAGGUUGAAGCAAUCUGUCGGAACAUGGCUAAAAAAAUCUCGGAGUUGCAAAAGGCAAAAGAAGUAGCAGAGGCUAAAGCUAAAGAGACGACAUCUACCAUGGAGUCGUUGACUGUGGAGUUACGAAAUGAGAAGCUUUCCAGCAGCUCGGCCUGGAAUUUGACAAAGCGAGCCAGAAAAGAAAUUGCGGCUAUAAAGCGAGCUAUGCAAUCGCUGGGCUGCAAGAUUCACUUUUCAGAAGAUAGUGAAUGCGUUGGAAUUGAAAACAAUGCAGCAGGGAUUCCUCAGAAAUCUAUUUAUUCGGCUUCAGAUGAGGAAAGUAGUGGAUAUUUUCAGCAUGACAAUAAAUCAGAUAUGUCUGUCUUCGAUACUGUCUUGGCCGAUGAUCCCAUCAAUCCAAUUACUCGUGUUUGUGAAUCAAUAUGCCCAUUACGUACCAGAGAUGGAGGAUGCAGAUGGCCAGAUGCUGAAUGUGCUAGAUUUGGAAGUGAGUUUGUUGGGUUGAAAGCAAAUUUUAAUGCAUUAGAUCGACUUUCUAUUUACGAUAGCUAUUUUCAGCCAGAGUAGAAGCUUUAGUUUUGAGCCAAGUCUGAGGUAUAGCAAUAUCGUCUUGCCAUUUUCAGGCUGAAGACCUCUAAAGGAGUCGGGACGAAAUUUUGUAGGUAAAGGAUUUUAGUAUGUGGCAUUAGCAAAAAUAAUCGAAGGAAUCCGAUAACCCUCGUAUUUAACAUGGGUCUUGAGAGUGUACAGAUCGAAUGUAGCUUAGUUUUUGGCCGCAUCAGUUUCUGGUCAUCACUAAAGAUUAGCAAAAGAGAAGUUCAUAGAUUCGUUGAAUAUUAUCAUUCAUUGCUCAAAUAGCUUGUAAUUUGCUGUAUAGAUCGUAAGAUUUAUCAUGUAAAACCAACUUAUCGAAUAAAUGGCAUCUGAUUUGCAUUCUUGUAGACUGGUUCAGUGAAAAAAUAAUUGAGAUUUUGGAGACGUUUGAUCCAUACAUUUGA